GUGUGGCUCAUUUGCUCCCAUCCCAAAUUCCCAAUUGCAAUGGCGUCAAAGAUGACUGAGAUAUGUACUAUUUGUCAAUCUACAUACUCUGAUCCACGUCUACUACCUUGCCUUCAUAGUUUUUGUAGGGCCUGUCUUAGCAGGCUUCCUUCGGUCAGAAGUAGAACAGUCAAAUGUCCAUUGUGUAGAACUGAACACAACCUAGGGACUGGCGGAGUUGAUAAAUUAUUGGCCAACACACAACUGGCUGGUAAAGUGAGCCUUCCGGUUCAAAAGUGUGGCCAAUGUCGAACUCAAAAAGUAGUGAGCUUUUGCUGUGAAUGUGAAAGCUAUCUUUGUGACCUCUGCCAUCAGGCACAUACACGUAUGGCCACAUUCCAGACUCAUAAGGUGGUUGACCCUAGCCAGGCACAGAUGAAGCCCAAACCAAAGUCUUUCAAGUGUUUAAACCAUCCAAAGGAAUUGCUUGAUGUUUACUGUGUCUCUUGUAAAGUUGUAAUAUGCCGAGACUGUGCCUUGUACACUCAUCAAGGACACAAGUUUAAGCCAGGAGAAGAGGCUGCAACUGAUAUUAAAAAACGUUUAAAAUCAAAUCGUGAUCAGCUGCAAACUAAUUUGGAAACGUUUCGUUCACACGCCAAGACAAUUGCAUUAGUAGAGAAACAUGUCACUACAUAUCCAGAUAAAAUGAAGUCCUUCAUCACGUCACAUUUUGAAGCCCUCAAGUUACAGUUGGAACAGCGCAAGGCGACUCUUUUAAGAGACGUAGACACUCAAUAUAAUGGUUUCUCUAAAACACUUUAUUGUGAAAAAGAUAUUGUAGAAACUGGUAUUUGCAAACUUGAAGCUGGAAUAAAUUUUGCUGACCAAUUAGUUCGUAGUGCUGACAAAUUGGAAGUUUCUAUUUUGGGUACUCAAGUACUUUUGUCAAUGCAAGAAUCACAGACUCUAUCUUGGAAUCCUUCAACCAUCAAAAAUCUUGGACCAUUAGCAUACAUAGCACAAGUAGAAGCUAAUCCAUACCAAGCACAUGAUCCAUACCAAAACUACCAUGGAGCUUACCCAAUUGCUUCGCAUUCACAGCAUCUAGGAAUGUCAGAUAUUCUUUCAAAUGAAGAAUAUUUAAUUCAACACAUUGGGCUAUUGAGGCUUGUCAAUAAUUUUGAGUUACAGCUAUACCCAAAAGGAUAUCAGGGACACAAUGCAUCUGCAAAAUUAAAAAAAAGUAUAGUAGCAUUGAUGUCUGCAAGUCAUUUAAGAGGUAAUGAAAGAGCUACAUUUGUAAAGAAUGGGACAUACUGCAUAGAAGCUGAAGUUUUUCUACACCAAAAUAAAGCAAUUUUUCCCAAUUUGAGUAUUUCCUGCAAGUGUAACGGUCCAGCUCCAGCUAGUGCUUCGAAAAAGCAAAUUAAUUGUUCUACAGCAAAAGUUCUUGGUGGGGACAGUGAAAAGUGGAAAAUUACUUUCCAAUCAUUAGAGGCAGGAGACUACGAAGUGACAGUGAAGCUUCUCAUUAAUGACGAUGAAUUUAGUGAAAAGAUGACAACUAUCACAUUAGAAAGAUCAGGUCAAGUUGAAGUUCACUCCCAACAGCACUACUACAAUCCUCAACCAAGACAAGUGCAUUGGUCACAACAAGAUGUUUAUGGUUAUGAUUAUGAUGAUUAAUGCAGUUUUGUUUGUCCUUUUAUCGGUAUUUAGAUUUUUUAACUUUUUAAUAGACUUUGUUUUUUCUUUAUUUUUGUAAGAAUUAGAUUAUAGUUUAGAUCUAUCACCAAAAA